CGGCGCUGGGUAUUGUCUCUCCCCUUUCUCUGUCCGGGAACCCGACCGCCACCCCUGCCGGGUGAGUGCGGUGACUGACAGCUCCUCGCAGCCAGUGGCCGCAGCGCUGUGUGGCGGAGCCCGGCGCCCGUCUCCUCGGUGACCGGGGGGAGCUGGUGCCUCAGUAGAGUAGCCGGAGUCCUGGGGGACGGAGAGCUUCAUCAGGUGAAGGAGUGAUACUCUUGAAACAUGACAAAAAACUGGACUAAUUAGAAGUUUUCCUACUUCAGGGAAAAAAACCAAGAUGUAUAGACCAGGGGAAACAGUCAAACGUCGACUCAACAUGCAUGCUCCUCCUCGGAUAAGAAGUGUGGAAGUUGCUAGAGGAAGAGCAGGUUAUGGGUUUACCCUUUCUGGACAAGCUCCUUGUGUUCUUAGUUGUGUUAUGAAAGGAAGCCCUGCAGAUUAUGUUGGACUUAAAGCAGGAGAUCAGAUAUUUGCAGUUAAUGAAAUCAAUGUGAAAAAAGCCUCUCAUGAAGAUGUAGUGAAACUUAUAGGAAAAUGUUCUGGAGUCCUGCACAUGGUCAUUGCUGAAGGGAUUAGUCAUAUAGAUUCAUGUUCAAGUGAUGAAGAAGUUGGUUUUUAUGAUGGGAAGGGGUGGCUGAAACCCAAACCUGACUCUAAAGCUCUGGGUAUAAACAGAGCAGAGAAAGUUGUUGAAGAAGUGCAGUCUGGUGGCAUUUUCAACAUGAUUUUUGAGAAUCCUACUCUUUGUGCUGGUAACUUGGAUAAUUCUGCACCAAAACAAAGAUCGUUUUCAAUUUCUGCUGCUAUUAAAUUUGAAACUGGCAGUGAAAGUGUAAGCAAUCCAAACCUACUGUCAAAGGAAGAAAUACCCAAAGUCCUGAAUGAUGAUUCAGUUUUUAGAAUUGGACUGGAGAGUGCUGAAGACUUUGGAUUAGAUGCAAGCAUUUUAAAUGUUGCCAUGAUUGUAGGUUACCUAGGCUCAAUUGAACUUCCUUCAACAACCUCGAAUUUGGAAAAUGAGAGUUUGCAGGCUAUUCGUGGAUGCAUGAGACGUCUGCGGGCAGAACAAAAAAUCCAUUCACUAGUGAUGAUGAAGAUAAUGCAUGACUGUAUUCAGCUCUGCAGUGACAAGUCAGGUGUAGUGGCAGAAUAUCCUGCAGAGAAACUGGCAUUCAGUGCUGUUUGCCCGGAUGAUAGAAGAUUCUUUGGACUAGUUACAAUGCAGACAAAUGAUGAUGCAAGCUUGGCUCAGGAAGAUGAAGGGUUUCUGAGGACAUCUUGCCAUGUUUUUAUGGUGGAUCCUGAAUUAUUUCAUCACAAAAUUCACCAGGGCAUAGCAAGACGUUUUGGACUGGAAUGUACAGCAGAUCCAGACACAAAUGGCUGUCUAGAGUUUCCAACAUCAUCUCUACCUGUUCUUCAGUUUAUUUCUGUCCUGUAUAGGGAUAUGGGGGAAUUGAUUGAGGGAAUGCGUGCGAGGGCUUUUCUUGAUGGUGAUGCAGAUGCUCAUCAGAAUAAUAGUACAAGCAGUAACAGUGAUAGUGGAAUUGGAAAUUUUAACCAAGAAGAAAAGAAUAAUAGAGUUCUGGUGGUUGAUUUAGGGAGCAAUCCGAGUAAACAUAUUCCUAACAGCAUAUGGGAAAAUCCAGUAGGAAGGGGACAAAAUCAGCCUGCUUCCCAUUGGAAUGGCUUCUGUCAUGAACAAGAAGGAAACAUUCCUUUAGAAGUAAUUCAGAAUGAUAAGUCCCAAAAUGUGAGCAAACACUUAAGUCCUUCUGCUCGUAUUGAAGUUCCACUGGUUUCCUCCCGAAAUUCAGUACCCCCAUCAAAGAAAAACACUGCAGGCAUAGGCAAUCAAAGGUGGUUGCCUGUGCAUGUUUUACAAGAAUGGCAGCAUGGAAAUGCUAGUGACCAGGAGUCGUACACUGAUUCUACGGACGGCUGGUCAAGUGUUAACUGUGGAACUCUUCCCCCGCCAAUGAAUAAGAUUCCAGCUGACAGAUACAGAGUUGAUGGCAGCUUUGGUCAGCCACAGUUAAAAUCUCAUAAAAAUGAAUGGUCUAAGAAGAUGUUUUGCAUGCAGAACAAAUUUGGCCCUCAGCACAGUAUUAGGAAGUCUAAAGAAGAUAAAAAGGGUGCAAAAUUUGGACAUCCAAUGGGAUUAAAUCAGGCUCCUCCCCCACGUUCUUCUGUUCGAAGAUCAUUUGGAAGAUCUAAGCGAUUUAGUAUUACUCGUUCUCUGGAUGACCUUGAGUCAGCAACUGUUUCUGAUGGAGAGCUGAAUAGUACUGAUUUGAAGGACUGCAUCAGUGAAAACAGCCUCAGUAGCAAUGCUAGUCUUCCCAGUGUACAGAGCUGUCGACGACUUCGAGAAAGACGAGUUGCAAGCUGGGCUGUUUCAUUUGAGCGUCUUCUUCAGGAUCCUGUUGGUGUUAAAUAUUUUUCGGAAUUUCUACGGAAAGAAUUUAGUGAAGAAAAUAUUUUAUUUUGGCAGGCCUGUGAAUAUUUUAACCAUGUACCUGCACAUGAUAAAAAAGAGCUUUCUUACAGAGCUCGGGAGAUCUUCAGUAAGUUUUUGUGUAGCAAAGCUACAACCCCAGUUAAUAUUGAUAGCCAGGCACAGUUGGCAGAUGAUAUUCUCAAUUCUCCGCAUCCAGAUAUGUUCAAGGAACAGCAACUUCAGAUAUUUAACUUGAUGAAGUUUGAUAGCUAUACUCGCUUUCUCAAAUCCCCCCUUUACCAAGAAUGCAUCUUAGCUGAAGUAGAAGGUCGUCCUCUUCCUGAUCCUCAGCGUGUUCCCAGCAGCCCCACUUCUAAACACAGUAUCAGUUCAGAGAAGUCCAGUAUCUCAACACCGAAGAAGUUAAGUGGUAAAUCAAAGUCAGGAAGAUCUUUAAAUGAAGAGUCAGGAGAGGAGGACACUGAGAAGAAAAAAAGGGGAACAUUUUUCUCAUGGUCAAGAAGUAAGAGUUUGGGAAAAUCACAGAAGAGAAAAGAAAAUGGUGAUUAUCCAAAUGAUUCUAUUCAGUCCAAUGGAUUAUCAUACAGACGGGAAUCACAAGGCUCCAUGUCAUCAACUGCUAGUCUUGACUUGUCGGAAGCCUCAAGAUUACCUGCAUUUGUACCAGAUAAAGAGAAACCCCCCAAAUACUGCUGUAUAAACCUUCCGGAUGGUUCAUCCAGCAAAAUGGCUGUUAAAUCUGGAUUCUCUAUCAAAGAGGUGCUGUCUGGGCUCUGUGAGAAACACGGCAUUAACAUAGCUGCAGUGGACCUUUUUUUAGUUGGAGGUGAUAAGCCACUUGUAUUGCACCAAGACAGUAGCAUCCUGGAGUCUCGGGACCUACGUUUAGAAAAACGCACUUUAUUUCGGCUGGAUCUUGUUCCAAUCAAUCGAUCAGUUGGUUUGAAGGCUAAACCCACCAAACCAGUAACAGAGGUCUUAAGGCCUGUGGUUGCAAAAUAUGGUUUAAAUCUUAAUGAACUUGUGGCAAGACUAAAUGGUGAGCAGGAACCACUUGAUCUUGGUGUCCCUAUAUCUAAUCUGGAUGGUCAGCGGGUUGUUCUAGAUGAAAAAGAGCCAACAAAGGGUAGAGUGUUUACAGAUAAACAAAAAGGUGCAUCAGUAAAACAGAGUGCAACUGUAACUACUUCAAGAAAUCAAGUAUCUACUGGAGAGGGAAGAACUCUAGGAAAGUCUAAUUCUAUCAAAAUGAAAGGCGAAAAUGGAAAAAAUGCUAGGGAAGUCCGGCUGUCAAAGAGAGAAGACUCUAUUGCAAAGAUUGGGAAAAAAAAAUGUCAGAAAAUAAAUUUGGAUGAAGCAGAGGGGCUGAGUAAAACAUUAACAUAAUUUGAAAACUUCAGAAUUCGAGGCUUUCACAUUUUAUUUUGAAUUUUGUGAAAUUUGUCCAAGUUUGGAAAAUACGUACCAAAUGUUGUAGACUGUUUUUUAAUGAAAAAAAACAACUGUUCUAUGAAGUUUGAAAUUUCAGAAAGGAACAUUUUUGUAUGACAUAUAUUAGAAAUGUUGCAUGUUUUAAUAUGCAUACCGCCAUUUUGCAAAACUUUGGCAAUAAGAAGCAUUUUGAAGCUUCCAUCUUGGCUAGGUUCAGAUUUUAUGGCAUUUGACAAAGCAUGUUAAAAAGUCAUUUUUACAAAUACAUUUCAAAGCCUGGUAAAUAUGAAUAGAGGAUUAGGAAUAGAGUCAUACAAGUGCAAGUGUAUGACUUCAUAUUAUGCUAAGUUAAAACUGAUACUAUUGUUCUGUGCUUUAUUUUGUAAUGGCUUUUGCUUCAAACAGUAUUUUUAAGCUGGGUUGAAACUAUUGAUUUUAAUUCACCUGUUGGAGAUGGCCUUUUUAAGCAUCUUUAAUAUUCUGUAGUUUCAGUGCUCUCUUCUUGAAAAAUUAGGACAUGCAGAGACCCUAUAUUAAGAAUGACAUAUUUUUAUAUUUAUAUGUUUUUGUACCAAAGAGUUUGUUUAUUGUUGUGAUGCUUCUUUUUUGAGGAGUGGUAUAAUUCUUGGCUUAUGAUUGAUAAGUUUCUUGUUGCCAAGUUUUGAGACUUUCUAGAACAGUGGUGAUUUACUAUGAGUAUUAUUUAUAUAUAGAAACGUAUUAAACCAUUGGACAUCAUUAAGGACAUGAUCAGAAAAUCACUUCUAAUUGUGUUAAAAACUCUAUAAAAAAGCCGCCCCAUCCUUUUUAGUAAUGGCUCCUUUGACAGUUAUUGACUAUGCUACUGAUUCAUUGCAGCACAAAGUAAAAUGGGGUUACCUAAAUCAUCAUCUGAUCAUGCCCUGUGAUGAUAACAUCCUGGAUUAAAACUACACCAUUAAAUGAAUUUAAACUGUGAUCAAAUAUUAUUAAACUGAGAGAAAUUCAAUACAACAAGGAAGUUUGCAACAUUUUGAAUCUUUGAACUUUCAAAUGGCAUGGCUAUUUUUGAGUUAAGAUGGGUAAAAACCAUCCAGAAUAUAAAAACGUGCACCCAUUGUCAGUGAGACCAGAGCCUUGUUUUGUAUAAAGAAUUAAAAAAUCCUCUGUGUGUGUGUACAGAUCUAUUAACUGCAUAAAACAGAAGAUGUGUUCAAGGCUCAGUGAAUUGCAGCUGUUCUAAACUGCAAAACUCUUACAAUAGCAACCCUGAUGGUCUUAAUUAUAGUGAUGCUAGUGAACAUUGCUGCAAUUGAAAA